AGCAAAGCGCUCGGCGAUUUCAUUGGUUGAGCAUCUGGGGGUCAAAGUUUUACUUCCGUGUCAAACAGCUAACAUGACGGACAAAGAGAAGAAGAAGAAGGAGAGCAUCUUUGACUUGUCAAAGUACAUCGACAAGCCGAUUCGAGUGAAGUUUCAAGGAGGACGGGAGGCCAGCGGCGUGCUGAAAGGCUUUGAUCCUCUGUUAAACUUAGUGCUGGACGGCACAAUCGAGUACAUGCGGGAUCCAGAUGACCAGCUGAAGCUGACAGAAGACACCCGGCAGCUUGGGCUGGUGGUGUGCAGAGGAACCUCUGUAGUACUAAUCUGUCCUCAGGACGGCAUGGAAGCCAUACCGAACCCCUUCAUACAGCAACAGGAUGGCUAACACUGUCUCUCUGUUUCACACACACACACACACACACACACACACACACACACACACACACACACACACACACACACACACACACACACACACACACACACACACACACACACACACACACUUAAAUGUUUGUAAAGUCUUUUGUUGUUUUAUAUUAAGACUUACCAGUAAUAAUGUGUAUAAUGAAGCAAAUUUCAGUUGUGCAAAUCAAAAGUUCAUCUUCAAAAGGACAUUUUAAGCACCUCACUUUGGUUUCUGUCUCUGGUGUGAAAAGUUUGAGAAGAUUUGAGUUGUAAACAGCCCACAAAGUUGGCAUGUGUUAUUGUAACCAUUUUCUUUUUAUCCAGAAUAAGUCAACUUUUUACUAUUCUUUGUUGUUUUUGAUAAGAAAAUAAAAUAAUAAUGUGAGUUAA